AUGCGCUUCUCGACGACUGCAUGCCUUACGGCUUUUAUCCUCAGCACUCAUGUCUUUGCUGCACCAACCAAUAAUACCCUCUCGGAUAGCAGUACUGUUGCAUUCAAGGUCUCUGCCUACGCUGUAGAGCUGCAACAAUCGGUAGAUAACAUGGCAUCUAGCAUCGGAGAGAACCUCUCCUCUAUAAAUUCAACAGCGCCAUCUAGCAGCGGCCUUGCCGGGCUUCCCACCGUGAUUAAGAGCUUUCAGAACGCCGUCGAGAGCUUCACCGCAACCAAAAACGCGGUUCUUCCCAUGGUGGAAAAUCCUGCCCUGGAUUUCACCAUCGAAGAGAUUGAGCAGCUUAUAAAGGUUUUGGAAGUCUACAAAACGGUUCUCUCCACGUUAGAGCAGACUGUGGAUGCCGUCAUCAACGCCUUCUUCCCCGGUUUAAUCGACUUCUUUAAGCCUUUCAUCAGAAUCCGGAUUAAUGUUGUUGAUUCUUUUACUACGCCCUUUCUGACAUUCUACACAGACCUUGUUGGCACACUCAGUGGGUCUCCCGACCUCGCCAGGUUAAUCCACGACUACAUUGUGGAAAUCAAGGACAUCAGGGACGGCUUCCUUCUCAGUUUCUAA